UUUUCAUUCAAAAAAAAAACUAUUCGAUUUAAUGGAUACAGAUAGCCAACGACUAUUUUCGCACUUGUUGUUGAUGAUGAUGUUCGUUGUUGUUAAUGUAUGGAUGGUCAAUGGUGAUGAUUCCUUAAUAGUAUUUGAUAUGAAUGAUGAUCAAAUUGAAUUUGAUACAGUAAGAUUUGCAUAUAAAUCGGUUUAUGGUCUACCAAAAUCAUUACAAUGUAGUGAAUCAGUUUAUCAUCAAUUCAAUGAAUGUGAAAAAUCAUCACAUCGUGAAUGGAAAGUUACGAUUGACGAAUAUUUCUAUGAAACGAAACAAUUUUGCUGCUUCAUUUGGUGCGCGAUGGCUUGUGAAUUGACGGUAGCAGCAAAAUGUAACCAGAAUUAUUCGCAACAGAUCGAAACAAACACACGAAAAUUAUUUACAUCCGUAUGCGAUAAAAUCAGUUCAACGCAAGAUAGUUGGAACUGUUGGUGGACAGAAGAAAGACAAAUCAAUGCCGCUAAGGUACUAGGAAUUAUUAUUCUUUCUGUUCUUUUUAUUUCUAUUGUUGUCGGUGCAUUCUUUGGAUGUCGAAAAUAUCUUGCCAAUGCCAAAUUAAAAAAAAUUGCUAAACAAAUUGAAAAUCCAACCGAAGUAAUAAUAGAUUUUGAAAAAAAUAAAUCAUCAUCGAAAUUAAAACCAAUUUCAAUUCCAACUCCAACUCCAACUCCAUCAACAAGAUCAUCAAUAUCAUCCGAAACCGGAUCACAAUCAGGAGAACAAUCAUUACUGGACAAUGUACUUGAAAAUCUAAUGAAAGAAAAUGGAAUUAUAGACCGUGUUUUCAAUUAUUUUCAUGUUGAUAAUGUGAUUUCUUAAUACACUGAAUCAAAAUUCUUAAUUAAUAUAAGAAAUAAAUGAAAAUUUCUGUAAUGUCUUGCCAACAACAUAGGGGGAAGAACAUAGAU